AUGGACAUCCAGUCGGAGAACCGUGAGACCAGUCCCGAGCAACUUCUCCAAAGCAGACUCCAGCUGCCGCGGCUCAAGCCCAUCCGCCCCUCGGCACUGUAUCUCAAGGACCCGGCCGCUGUUCGGAGUAGCCCAAUGCUCCAGGCUCCGAACGAGCCACCCUCGCCCAAGAUGACCUCGGCAAGCGAGCGAACGUCGCCUGUCCGCCCCGAGCUUCCUCCCCUGGUGGCACUCGACCGAUACGCCCGAAGCAAGAGCCUGCAGGGCUCCAAGUUCCAGUUGUCGAACCCAACAGGCCACAGCAAGCUCACUCGCAAGGUCAGCGGCGAUCACGGGUUGACAGUCAGGAAGAGCAUGGAGCGGAUCCACGAGCACCGAGUGGGCCUCAGCAACCUCGACCUUGAAGGCAUUCUCCACGGCCGAUAUCACAACAAGCCCAACAGGAUCCUCAAGAACGCCAACCUCCAGGGCAAGGGUGCCAGCGUCCCAAAGCUGAGUCUGCAGUCUAUCGAGAGCCGGCCGCCGGCCACGACCAAGUCUGUUGCCAAGACCGAGGCCGAGACCGGUGCCGGUCGCUCCACCAAGCAGCACUUGCGAACGGUCUCGACACAGUUUCUGAGGGACGUCGAGCAGAUUGUGUCUCCCACGUCGCUGCUGCACUUUGGCGAGGCCGAUCGGGAGCAGGACUACGAGCAGGGGCGGCAAGACUCGGCCAUGUUGUCCCCAGAACGACGCAACGCCAACCCUCUGUCCAUGCCAGCCGACCCGGCCGAUGAGGCCGACUACCUCCGACAGAUGCGGCGGGCCUCGAAAGAGUCGUCGCUGUCGGCGGUGCUGCCCCCGCGGUCGAGACAAGCAUCGUUCGAAACCGAGGAGCGGCUGUCGAUGCACGGCAAAGGGCAUGGACACCCGAUCGAAACCGACUGGGUUGGGCGCUGGAAAUGGACCGUGGGAACGGUCCUGUGCUUGUUGCGGUGGGUUGCGGCAGUCAGUCCCUUCUCUGCGAAUCCCGCCUCGAUCGAAGAGCUUCUGCAGCGGUGUGUCGCUGCUCACCAGGCAAGUGUCCCGGAUCGGCCGGAGGAAUGCCCCGAUGGCCCCGAGCAGCUGGCCGUCGUCGCCGAUUCGUACAUCCAGCAAUGCAAGACGGCAGCACGGAUCCGGUGUUUGUUGGAGGCCCCACGAGAAUACCAGCCCCGAGGUCGGCUUGCCGAGCUCCAGAAGCUGAUGCAGACGCUGCCGGCAUUCGCCUGUCUGCCAAACUCGACGCAGCACACGAUUCUGGAACUCAUGGAGUUUGUCCACGUCGACCGAGACACCCGCAUCAUCGCCAAGGACCAGGACGCAACGCAGCUGUACUUUGUCCUGAACGGCGUCUGUGCAAUCACCCACUCAGCCGACCGGCCCUAUGUCGACGACGCCCCGAUCGAAUACCGCGCCGGCGAUGCCGUUGGAGAAUUCGCCAUGUCGAUCCGGCGAGAAAGGCGGCGGACGACGGUCCAGAGCCGCACAGCCGUCGACAUGGUUGCGGUGCAGAUCCCCGAGUUUAUCGCCGCUUUCACGGACACGAACAGCGUCAGCGUCCUCGAGCGAGUCUCGCAGACUGCGGACAAGUUGCGGUCGAUGCAGGCCCUGCAGCAAUGUCAUCCGCUCAUGCUCCGGAAGCUGGCGCUGGUCUCGCAGGUGGUGACGAUCGAGUCGCCCGGACAGGUGGUGGUGCAGUGCGGCCUCGAGGCUCGCAACAAGCUGUAUUUCAUCACCAAGGGCCAGUGCAAGGGCCAGCGCUGGGUGCCGUUUGUUCGCUCCAAGCCAAAGGGCAGCGGCAGCCAAAAACAAGCUACGGCCGGUCCGCUGCGGCCGUUCUACUGCAACCAGAAGGUGCCCGACAACGAAGAGCUGAUGUUUGAGAACCUGUCGUUUGGCAACCUGCAGGCUGGCGAGCACUUUCCUCGGCUGGUGGUGCUGCAGUCCGAGCUCAACCCUCUGCGGACGCAAGGCAUCGCCAAGUCCAAGAUAACAUUUGCCCUCAACACCCUGCUAUCACUCCGGACGCAGUCGCAGAGCUUCUUGCGGCUGCUGAACGACACGGGACCGAUGUCCUCAAGCAUUCCUUCGGCCAUGCCCGAGACCGAGGAGACAUUUGCCGGGCUGGACAUGUCUUUUGUGUCGCUGCAGCGAGUGGAGCUGAUCCAGAUCGACCGCCUCGACUUGCUCAACAUUGCGGACGAGGAGACCAUCUAUAGCCUGCUGGAGAACAAGGGAUGUCUCGGCACACCGCUCGAGACCCUUCAGAUGGAGUUCACCAAGAAGCUCGCCUGGGAAGAGAUUCGCCGGGAAGCCGGGCAUUCGGAGCAUCUGCUGGUAUGA